CUGGUCACACUGGCCCCAAAUCAAUAAAAAAAAUAGACAAUAUUUUAUUUUAGAACAGCACUUUUAAGGACACCAUGCCAAAGAAAAUGGGAAUAAACUCGAAGGCGUUGGAGGCCCGAGAGCGCAAAGAGGCCACCAAGAAAGCCACGCAGGACAAGAAAAGCAAGGAGGCAGAGGACCGCUUGUGGAAAGAUGACGACAAGAAUCUGGCAAAAAAGCAGCAGCGGAAGGACGAGGAGGAACGCAAGAGGACGGAGGCGGCCAAGCGAAAGGCGGAGGCCAAGGCGCUACUAGACCAGGAGAUGAGUUCGAUCAACACGCAACGGAAGCAGCCGCUGGCGAAGAUUAACCGCCAGCAGAUUCUGGAGGAGAUCGAGAAGAAGCAGCGUGUGAUCGAGGCGAUCAACGAGGCCAACAAACCGGCGGCCACGCGAGUGGUGGUCCAAAACCACGUCGAGGAAAAUUUGAACCGAUCUAUGGCCGACACGGAUGUGGCCUCCAACAUUGACGAGGCUCUGGUAGUGCUAAGUGUAAAUGACAACGAGGACGACAAGCAUCCCGAAAAGCGAAUGCGAGCCGCCUACAAGACCUUCGAAGCCAACAAUCUGCCCCGCAUCAAGGCUGAGAAUCCCUCGCUUCGCAUGUCCCAGUGGAAGCAGCUGCUGAUGAAGGAGUGGAACAAGUCCCCGGACAAUCCUUUCAACCAGGCUCGCUAAAUGGUUAAAGGACGAAUUUCACCGACUCAUCGACGAGUGUGCGUACUCUAGUGACUGUUUGCUGCCUAGCAGCAAAGACUUAUCAAAUAGUUUCCAAACACCUUUAAACUAUGCGCAGAAUUUAGUUUAUACAUAACAUUGUGGACGGAAUAAAUGUAUUUAUUUAUUUAAGCCCAGUGA